CUGCACUGCGCCUAUUUCAUUUACUUACAGCCAUGCUUGCCCACACGAACCUUACCAGCUCGGGCGCGAGCACGGUGCGCCCAGCUCAUAAGCGCUUCCAUGGUCGCGUCUCCGUCGUUCCACGCGCUGCUGCGGGUGCCCCCGCGGCCAUCUCGGCGGCCACGGAUGCGCUAGCGACCCUCCGGAGCGCGGCAGCCAAGCCCGGCUCUGUUAAGCCCUCGGACGUGCUGGCAGCAAUGGUAACGGUGGAGAAGGCGAAGCUCAAGCCGGAGAACUGGGAGGCCAACCUCACGGCGCCAGGCACCCGCUGGCGGCUCGUCUACACUGUGUCCGGUAAGGACCUGACCGCUGCAGCCAAGAAGCAGAAGGCCGGGUCGGGAGCCUACUUCCCCAUCUCCGCAUGCCAGAAAUUCGACGACACGGGUUUUGAGAACGGCGUGUUCUUCGGGCCGGUGGCCAACCUCACCUUCAAGGGGCCCUGGCAGCUGGACGCGAAAGUGUGUCACUUCGACGUCAACACCAUGUACCUGGGCCUGGGCCCCUGGCGCCUGCCCAUCAAGCUCAAAGAUCAGACGCCGCUCAAGCAGAUGGCCACCAAGGAGUUUAAGGCGCUGCCGUUCUUCGUGUACGCCUACGUGGGGGAGGACAUUGUGGUAGCGAGGGGUCGCAGCGGCGGCGUGGCGCUGUGGGGCCGAGCCGACGCCGCCUGGCUGGCCACCUCGGGAGCCAUGCAGGUGUACAAGUAGAGAGUGUGGUGUACCAACAGAGAACUUUGCAGUCGCUAGCACGCAUAGAAGGCCGGUUAGCAGGAUGCGGUCACAGCAGACAUGUUACCUCAUCCAGACGGUAAACGUGGUGUCUUCCGGGAGCGGCGAAAUAGGUUAUAUGCCGUGAGGCAGCGGGCGUUGUAAGUGUGUGGUGGCUGGUGGUGGCGAGUACUGAGUGGCAAGUUGCACGAAGAGUUGCACGAGUGUGCGUGGACUACACAGUUGUUUGCCGCGCACUUCUCAGCGUCUGGAAUCGGAUAGCAUAGACUAGGAUAACGUUCACGAAGCUCGAGUAGUAAUUCACCAGAAGGAGGGUACACACCAGACCAGGGUCACCCCGGCCCGGGCCUCCGGUUUUCGAAGAAGAUCGUGCGCACCACCUUGUAACCAGCAGCAGUGGUAAUGCGUGUACGUUGCACGUGCGGCGUGCGGCGCGGCAGUCCUCGCUGCCUUGCGACUACCAAAGCUGUAACUGACACACUCA